CGGCGUCGUCGAAGAAAGACUCGUAAAACCUGAUAAAAAUGAUGCUAUGGAAAGUAAUUUCCGCGUGCGUCUUGGUGCUUGUCGUUGCGAACGCUACUGCCAUUCGACAUUCAAAUACAAGCGACAGGAGACCGAGUUAUCGCGGAACUGCUGCUCUGAUCCGUCGUAAAGCCAGAUGGGGCGCUGGAACGUCUUUCACAAGGAUUCACUCCCACGUGAACUCCCAGUGCUGGAACAAGCCACCUUCAAAAGCCAUCUACGAGAUUUUCGUCAAACACCGUCGCAAUUACACGACCAUCUCAAACACGUCGGUCGCCGCAGUGUCCGCGGAAAUCGAGCGGAGUGACGGGAAAAUGCGUUUUGAAGAAUCGCCUGUCGCGUCAACGUAUCUCCUAGUUGGCCUUCUAGUCCCCGAUCUUCGUAACGCGAGCGAUUCCGGUGGAACUAUCAAAGUCUGGAGCUGCGGCAACGCAAUUUCCUUGCCGAGAUUUGCCCACGGAGUCGGCCGGCGAGCAACGAUCGAAUCGGAGCGAUACGUCGACCGUUCCGUCGCGAUAGAAGCAUUCUUAAAUAACUUUCGUGCGAGGAUGCCGCAAGUAGCGAAAAACCGAGAGCAGGAUCUAGAGCCGACGGAGACGACGGUACGCAGAAUUUGCUCGCGGUCGAGGAGUCAGGUGAAUGCAAGCUCGCCUACGUCGAACGCUACGUCGAGAGGAACCCGUCAGUCCUUGCCGAGUUUAGCGCGUCGAGUUUACGAACCGACAUCAGACGUGGACGAAGAUUUUUUUCUACUGCCGCAGCAGGUUAUGCCCGUUCAUUACAAUAUACGAUUAAUACCACACAUCGCGGAAGGUAACUUCACUUCCAACGGCGAAACAAGCAUUGAUGUGAAGGUGCUUGAGCCGACUGACGUCGUUGUGUUGCACAUCAUGGAGCUUACGAUAGACGAAUCGCAGACAAGGAUGACUUGCAAAGACGAACAUGCACUGUAUUACGUCCCAAAGCGACAUGACUACAAUAAUAGAUCAGAAAUUUUAACUCUGCAAUUCGACAAGCCCUUGGACAUCGGCGUGUACACGCUAUACCUGAAAUUCAUGGGUGUGAUCUCAUCCUUGAAUCAUGGACUCUACAGGAGCUUUUACAUUGAUAACGAAGGCAACAAAGUGUGGUUGGCAGUAACGCAUUUCCAACCGGUCCACGCACGACAGGCGUUUCCGUGUUGGGACGAGCCUGCCAUGAAGGCAACCUUCAAAUUAUCCAUAAAACAUUAUCCCAAUUAUACUGCCUUGUCAAACAUGCCGUCCUCCCAGUCGCAAGUCGAUGAGACGGACGGAAAAGUGUGGACCCGCUUUGAGACGACGCCUGUGAUGCCCACCAACGUGCUGGGCUUCGUAAUCGCCGAUUAUGAUCAUAUCUCGAAUUUGGAUGACACCAUGAGAAUAUGGGGUCCGAAGCACUUACUUCAUCUCGCCGCGUUUCCCCUCGAUAUCGCCGAAAAAGCGACGCACGAACUCGAAAAAUUCACAAAUAGUACCAUACCUGUCCCGAAAAUGGAUCAUGUGGUUGCACCUCAUUAUUCAAGCAGAGCCACCGAGAACUGGGGUAUGAUCGUUUACAGGUUAGAUACGCUAUUAUAUGACGACAACACUCCCUUUGCAACAAAGAUCAAUAACGUCGAUUCGAUCGAUUUCAAACGCUUUAACGUCAUGACGAUCACUCACGAGCUGGCACAUCAGUGGUUCGGCAAUCUAGUCAGUCCGACUUGGUGGAAUUAUCUUUGGCUGAGCGAGGGAAUAUCGACUUACCUUAAGUUCUACAUUACUGACAAAUUUCUCAACGAGUGGCGGCUAAUGGAUUUCUUUGUGGUGGAGGGUGUACAGGCAACGUUAGAUAGAGAUGUAUCAAUAACUGUACCAAUUCAUAGAAAUAUUACAUCGGAUAUUCGAACAGCAUAUACUUACCUCACAUACACGAAAUCCGCUGUCUUAUUGCGAAUGAUGUCGAACUUUUUAACGGAAGAUGUGUUCCGAAACGGUUUGAUAAAAUAUCUUCGAGCGAACGCAUAUGGCAAUACCACGCCAGACGAUCUAUGGAAAGCAAUGCAAAAUGCACUCGACGAAUCGGACGUGCCGCAUAAUGAUUUUAACGUGAAGGAAGUGAUGGACGCUUGGUUUGAACAACCGAAUUAUCCCAUAGUAACGAUCGAACGUGAUUACACGAAUGGCGAUAUCAAAGCGACACAAAAAGGAGUUUACUCUAGAGACGAAAAUAGCGAGAAAUGGUGGAUUCCUUUAAAUUUCGCGACGCAAACCGACUUAAACUUCUCGUCAACGCUCGCCACUCACUGGUUAAGACCUCAGGAUGAGGCUGUAACAAUCGAAGGAGUGGACGUAGACCAUUGGAUCAUCGUGAAUAAACAAUUAACGGGUCUUUACCGUGUAAAUUACGAUCUCACCAAUUGGAAACGGAUCGCUGCAUUUCUCAAUUCUGACGAUUACGUCAAGAUUCCCGCUUUGAACCGCGCCCAGAUCAUCAAUGACGCUUCCUUCCUGAUGAUAAGCCGCCAGCUCGACGUCAUCACUUUUCUCGAAAUCACCAAUUACUUAUCGCGCGAGAUCGACUGUAUCGUGUGGCAGCCGGUAUUAAAAAUUCUUCAAACUAUUGAUACCUAUUUUCAGGUACCCGAAUCGGCAGCGAUCGCUAGGCCGUUCGUCUUCAAUCUGACGCGUAAGAUACUUGAGAAGAUCGGUUUCGACGACCGCCCUGAUGACGAUCCUUCCACUUUAAGAACUAGAUUCUACCUCGGUCAGUUCGCCUGUAAGUAUGGACAUGCAGAAUGUCAAGCAAAAGCUACCGCCAAGGUACUCGCAUACGUGGAAGAUCCAAUUGCGAAUAAAAUCCCACGAAAUCUACAAUGGAUCUUAUGUUUUGGUUUGAUGAAAGCAAGCGAUACUGUCUGGGACAAAUUUCUGCAAGUGCAAAAUUUGACAUUGGAACAUCACCUGACAUUUCUCGGUUGCACAGAAAAUAUGAACAUUGUCGAGAAGCACAUAAAUUAUAUCAACACUAGCGAAUAUGAAUCUUCGCAGAAAUAUAUGUACUACGAACAUAUCGCUCUCAACAUAUUAAAAAAUCCAUCCAAUAUCGAUCGAGCAAUUGAUUACUUUAUUAAUAAUUCGGACAGAUUGAACGACUUUAUACGCGUGUCUAGUUUUGAUGUUCGGAUGUUUUCGCAGAGCGUCACGGAAAAUCAAUUUACAAAGAUGAGAAUAUACAGCAAACAACGCUAUAACAGGCCCGAGUUCUAUCCACUUUUCAGAGAAAACGAGGUAGCGAAAGUUAAAAAUAAUUCAGCAAAAAUUCGUAACGCCCUCGAAAACAAUCAAUUCUCCGUCCCAAUGCAUAUCACACUAGACAAUAGUGCGUCAUAAUUCGUACUUAGAAAGCAUUUAAUGUGCUUGACACAAAAUGUACAAGUACACAAAUGUAAGAGUAUUGUAUAGAAUAAUAUAAAGUUACUAUAAUACAAAUAAUAUCUUAAGCAUUA